GAUGCACUGACAUAUGAUGAUGUCCACAUUAACUUCACUCCAGAAGAAUGGGCUUUGCUGGAUCCUUCCCAGAAGACUCUCUACACAGAUGUGAUGCUGGAGACCUACAGGAACCUCACUGCUAUAGGUUACAAAUCAGAAGACAGUAAUAUUGAAGAACAUCUUCAAAAUUCUAGAGUACAUGGAAGGCAUAAAGGAAGUCUUGCCAGAGACAAACCCUAUGAAUAUAUUCAAUGUGAUAAAGCCUCUACACUUCACAGUGAUCUUCAAAGGCCUGAAAGUAUUCAUUCUGGAGAGAAACCCUAUGAAUGUAAUCAAUGUGGUAAAGCCUUUUCACAACACAGUCAUCUCCAAAACCAUAAAAGGACACAUUCUGGAGAGAAACCCUAUGAAUGUAAUCAAUGUGGUAAAGCCUUUUCACAACAAAGUCAUCUCCAAAACCAUAAAAGGACACAUUCUGGAGAGAAACCCUAUGAAUGUAAUCAAUGUGGUAAAGCCUUUUCACAACACAGUUAUCUCCGUAUUCAUAAAAGAACACAUUCUGGAGAGAAACCCUAUGAAUGUAAUCAAUGUGGUAAAGCCUUUUCACAACACAGUAGUCUCCGAAUUCAUAAAAGAACACAUUCUGGAGAGAAACCCUAUGAAUGUACUGAUUGUGGCAAAGCCUUUUCAAUGCACAGUACUCUCCAAAUACAUAAAAGAACACAUUCUGGAGAGAAACCCUAUGAAUGUAAUCAAUGUGGUAAAGCCUUUUCAGAUCACAAUUCUUUCCGAAAACAUAAAAGAACACAUUCUGGAGAGAAACCCUAUGAAUGUAAUGAAUGUGGCAAAGCCUUUUCAAUGCACCGUACUCUUCAAAUACAUAAAAGGACACAUUCUGGAGAGAAACCCUAUGAAUGUAAUCAAUGUGGUAAAGCCUUUUCACAAAAAAGUCAUCUCCAAAACCAUAAAAGGACACAUUCUGGAGAGAAACCCUAUGAAUGUAAUCAAUGUGGUAAAGCCUUUUCAAUGCACAGUCAUCUCCAAAUACAUAAAAGAACACAUUCUGGAGAGAAACCCUAUGAAUGUAAUGAAUGUGGUAAAGCCUUUUCAAUGCACCGUACUCUCCAAAUACAUAAAAGGACACAUUCUGGAGAGAAACCCUAUGAAUGUAAUCAAUGUGGUAAAGCCUUUUCACAACAAAGUCAUCUCCAGUACCAUAAAAGGACACAUUCUGGAGAGAAACCCUAUGAAUGUAAUCAAUGUGGUAAAGCCUUUUCACGACAGAGUCAUCUCCAGAGACAUAAAAGAACACAUUCAGGAGAGAAACCCUAUGAA